AUGUCGAACCAGGACUCUCCUAUGCGCAACUUCAGUCUACGAAACGUCAACUCGAGCAAGCCUCAGCUUUAUAAAACAAACUCAGAGCAGUCUAUUGCUGUGUCGGACGACUACUAUUCUUUCUCGGAUCGAGCUAUGUCGUCAAGUCCCGAUAGUCGUGUAACCGCGAUGCGUUUCGCAACACCAAAUGAACGGUCUCCCCAGCCUUCGCCAUCUUCUUCGCAUCGGAGACAGCUAGCCAGGGGACCUUCAAUGAUUCAAGAAUACCAACGGACACCUCAAGAUCUUGGGUCUCCACGCCCAGGGACUUCGAGCACAGUUCGGUCUGGCGAAGACAGAGUCGCUCGCAUCAGCCCCAAGUCAGAUGAGACAAUUCGACAAGUGCCUCCCAGUCGUGAAUACUCUGGGAGAGAGCCGACUCCAGGACUGGAUGAUUCACCCUAUGUUCGAUUCGCAAUUGAUCAGCUCACUGCCGAUGAGCAUGCCCAAAGACCCCAGCGAAUGGAUUCCGUCUCCACGAACACAACGAAUGACUACGCAGGUGAGCAACUUGUGUGGGAUGAGAGCUUGGGCUAUUUCACUCGGGCUCGAACCCCGAUUCGACAUAUGGAAGUGCCUGAGCGACCCAAGUACAAGUCACCCUCCCCGCAAGCACUUCCUCAGAGACCCAAUUCGAUUGAUCCAGAGUCGUUCGUCGCUGUUGAAGCGCCGGAGGAAAGCCUCAAAUAUCCUGCACUGAACUAUCUCCCCACAAUGUUACGACCCUGGGCUUUAGGUGGUGUCAUCUUCUGCUGCUUGCUCAUGAUCGCUGGUAUUGCGUUCUGCAAUGUCUGGUCUCAUCGCCAUCAGGGUAUUUGGGAUUACACUGGCCAGGGUGAUUCUCGGUACUUUGUGAUGGAAUUCCUUCCUCAGAUUCUGGCGGCUCCCAUCAUCAUACUCAAUCUCAUGGUCCAGUCUGCUGUCUAUCGAACCGCGCCAUUUGCAAUCAUGGCAGCCAACCGCCAAAUUGGAUAUGUUUUGCAGGGCUUGCCCAUCCUCCCUCGCAACUUUAUUUUCCCUGAUCUCUCACACUUUCGAUAUGGAGAGGCUCUUUUCGGCUUCUCCAUGUUUACCAUCUGGCUGUCAAACUUCUUCUCCAUCCCGCUCUUAAGCUGCUUGUUUCAGGCAAAGUAUUACGAGAUGGAUGGCAAAGGAGUAUGGAGAUGGGCAUCUGUUCAAUCGGUGGGCUGGACUCUGAUAGCUUCAUAUGGUCUCUUGAUCAUUGGAUUGAUUGGGCUUCUCCUUCGAUUCGUCCUCCAGUGGACUGGCUUGAUGUGGGAUCCGGUUUCCUUGGCAGAUCUGAUCUCCAUUAUCCAGCGGUCCAAUAUCCUCCAUGAUUAUGAGCACUCGGAAACCGUUCCCAAAGUGAAAGAGUCACUGGACCCUCGCAUUCUCCGUCUCGGCUAUUGGAAGCUUUCAAUGAAGCCUGAGGUAUUCUACGGCAUUGGAGAAAUGGAUGCUCCCAUCCGUACACCCUCUCUCCAUCAAACCAAAAAGAGCAGAGACAAGCAGCCCCAUGGUCUCGCCAAGGUCACCUUUGACCUCGAGCAUGCUGGCGCUUUUGCGAACGACCCAUUCGACCACCACCUCUACUCUCCAUUUACCCGGUAUCGCUGGACACCAUGGUUCCUCCGCAAGGCUGCUGUCAUCACCUGGAUCAUCAUCGUUUUCGCUCUCUUUAUCGCUUUCGUGACCGUCAGCUUCGUGAACGAUGCGGUCCAAGGAGGCUUCCCUCCCAAACUCCCAACGCUGCCCUCGACUGGUGCCUUCUCCUCAUCCAACUUCCUUUACAGCUUCAUCCCCGCAAUCAUGGGCAAUAUCCUCUUCCUCACCUGGCAACCAAUCGACACCUACUUCCGCGCACUCCAGCCUUUCGUCGAACUCUCUUCUCCGAACGUCACCCUCCAAGCCAUCAUCAACGGCCACUACAAAGUCGCUUGGAUCUCCUUCAUGAGCCUAGUCUCCAUCGCCAUUCCUAUUCUCGCAGGUGGGGUCUUCGUCGCCCUCUGGUACCCCGCCAGCUCCGAUAUUCGCAUCUCCGCCCUCAUGCCCGCCUUCUACGCCUUAGUCGCCUUCUGUGGCCUCUACGCCGUGUCUUUCCUGUCAAUCUGGCCAGGACGCCGCCGUUACCUCCCUCAUGACAUUAGCACUCUCGCGGAUCUGAUGAGCUACUUCUAUCAAUCUCCUCUUUUGGCGGAUAAGCUUUUGCGCGAGCCACGCAGCAAAACCGAUCUCGUUACGCGCCUGAUUGUGGCCCCGCCUGCCGAGCGUCUACUGCCCAUGUACGGCUUCGGAAUCUACGUCGGCCGUGAUGGCAAAGAACAUCUCGGUAUCGACCGCUUCCAUCGGCCUGGACGGACUGAUAUGUUGAUUACGACGGGAACGAUGAAAUGA